AUGAAGAAUGGAUUCUACCUUAUAAUUCUCUUCUUAAUGAAUAUCUAAAUAUAAGCGAAGAUGUACGAUGAGAGUUAAAUAUAUGAUUGUAAAGAUGAGAUCACUGAUGAAGUGUAGGAAAAAAUCAAUUAUUAAAAACUUAAAUUGUUUCCAAUCGAUUGUUGGAUUUUUUUAUUACUAUGUAUAAGUUGAAUGAGCAAUCAAAGCACCUGUUACAUUUUGCAUUUCCAUCCGAAUUAUUUAGGAGUUCCUUAAAGACUUUAGACUAUUUGGUGGACCUGGAGAUAUUAUCUUUGUGAUUACAGCAACUAAUGGAAUCCAAUCAAUCAUUUAAUUUUCAACUGCAUUGUAUGUAUAAAUUAAUGAUUCAGCUCCAGUAAAUAUAUUUUGCGAUGUAAAUAUAAAAAUAAAUUAGAUCACAGGAAUAGCAACCUCAAUAGUUUUUGUAAUUUCAAAUCUGAACAUCUUUAUCUUCGCUGCUUAUCCACUUGCUUUAGUAUAUAAUUCAUUGGAGUCCACAGUCAAAUGUAUAAGAAUAUUUAACUAUUCUUUCGCAGCCAUAAUAAUAAUAAUAGUAUUGUUAGGGUUUAUUUUAAAUAAUGAUAUAAUCUCAAUAACACUAAAUGGGUAUUAAUUAUAAGUUGAUAUUUCUUAGAAUGUGCGCAAUUUCAGCUACAAAAAAGAAAAUAUGGGACUUUAUCAUUGCUCUAGUUUAUUUGUUUGUAUUUCUCUUAUUUGCAACGAUGUCAUUAAUAUAUGUCUUUGCUUUUAAAAAAUUAGUGCCUAAAAUGUCUUCAAUAAGAUAAUUAAGAGGUUAAUACCUGAGAUACUAUUAAAAGUUUAUCACAUUUAGUUUAAUAAUGAAAUUUUUUCUAGGAAUUUUCAGUGCAGUUAAUUUACUAAAUUGCUAUUACUUUUAUAAGUCUUAUCUAUUACUUACAGAAACCUUUUAAAAUGUGACCCAAUCCCUUUGCAUAUUAGGCUAAGUUAUCAUCAUCACAAGAGAUCCCUUACUAUUACCUAAAUUUAAACAUACACAAACUUCAAAUAGCCAAUAGGAUUUUGAUUCCUCUAAUGAUACAAAACCUGUAGAAAUUUCAAUGCAAUGUAAUAUUUUUUCAAAUUUCUUUUAGAAUUUAAUAUUUUAGAAUAAUUGUAAAAAGAAAUGAAAAAAACACAAGUAAUUUCAAUGUUGGCUGGCAUUCAACUAUUAAAAAGGUAGAAAUAAGAACAAAUAAUAUUUUACAAAGAUUUAGCAAUAAUAGAUGAAUAAGAUGAAGGAGAAGGGUCUAGUCAAGGGGAUUUAAGUGAAUUAAUGGAUGUUACUUUAUCACCAUUUAUUCCUGAAGAGGUGGAAGAGUGUUUGGUUGUUAAUCUGAAUAAUGAUCUUGUCAAAUCUUAACUUUAUGAUAAUCAAGAUAUCUAGGUCUUUCAAAUGAGAUGUAUAUUAUAUGCUCCAAAGAUUUUUAACUAUUUUGUUACCUUAGACAAUGUUGAUAUCGAAGAUUCCUUUGAUGUUUCUAAGAAUCUAUUAAAAAUUGAAUAAUUCACUAGACCUGAUGGUGGCAAAAGUGGCGAAUUUUUUUUUUUCACUCACAAUAAUCAAUUGAUUCUUAAAACAAUGCGAUAAUCUGAAGUAAACACUUACAUGAAACGAUUGCUUAACUUUGCUACUUAUUAAGCUAACAAUCCCUCAUCUUUAUUAAAUAAGAUUUAUGGAAUGUAUACUUUUGAAAGGUCUGAGAAUGUUGAAGCAAAGGUUCACUUUUUAAUAAUGAAAAACCUUUCUUUAGGCAUCCCGAGGAAUUAGAUAUUAAGAACAUAUGAUCUAAAAGGGUCUGAAUAUGAUAGAGAAGUUCUUGCCAAAAAAUCUGAAAGUGAUUUGUCAAAAUUAACUCUUAAAGAUUUAGAUUUCUUCAAAAUUGAAUAGCAAAUUUGGGUUGAAAAAACUAUUAUCGAAAGUAAUUUAAUUGAAUUUAAUCUAGAAUUAAACCAAAAUUUAAUCAAGGAUUCAAAUUUCUUAGAAAAUUAAAAACUUAUUGAUUAUUCUUUGUUAGUAAUGAUAAUUGAUUGGAAGGCUCAAUAAUAAUUAUUAACAAAGUAAUUAAGUGACUAAUAAAUCAAUAUCAUUCCUUCAAUAAAGGAAUAAGGAGUAAGAAUACCUAAUAUUUAUUAGAUAUACUACCAUAUUGGCAUAAUAGAUUAUCUAUAAUAAUGGAAUGUUAAUAAAUCUCUUGAAAGAAAAACAAAAAAGAUCAUCAGAAUGAAUUUACAAUUAGAUACUUCAGCUUAAGAGCCUAACAGAUAUGGAAAAAGAUUUAAAGAAAAAUUGGUAAACAGAAUCCUUCCCUUGUGA